UCAUCCAACUGUUUAGAAACAGAGCCUUUAAAUUCCUUUGGGAUUUUCGGUGCUACUUGAAUUGUGAAAACCAUAAACCCAGUUUGAUUAAUCUGAUCUUGAUCUAAUAUUUGAUGGAGAACUUGAUGGGUCUUCUGAGGAUUCACAUCCAAAGAGGAGUGAACCUUGCUGUUAGAGACAUGAGAAGCAGUGACCCUUAUGUUGUUAUCAAAAUGGGCAAGCAGAAGUUGAAAACUCGAGUGGUGAAGAGGAAUGUGAAUCCUGAGUGGGAUGAAAGAUUGACUCUUUCUGUUGUAGAUGCAAAUCUUCCGGAUGCAGAGUUUGAGAUUAGUUCAUUCAUUAAAGCCUUGAAGAUGCGCUCGGAAGGCUUAACAGAUGGAACCAUAAUUGACAGAGUGAAACCAAAUAGGGAAAACUGCCUUGCUAAAGAGAGCUGCAUCAUCUGGUCCAACGGAAAACUUGUCCAGAACAUAGUCCUCAGACUCAGAAAUGUGGAGUGUGGGGAAGUUGAACUUCAAUUGCAGUGGAUUGAUGUUCCAAUUUCUAGGGGUCUCUAGAUUGCAUCCUCUCUCUCUCUCUCUCUCUCUCUCUCCCUUUUUGUUUUCCUGUAUAUUUGUAUUUGGGGGCCCUGCUUCUUCAAUUCUUUUGUUCAUAGAUAUGAGAGUGGUGUUUUUAAGUUUUUAUCCUCCCAUGUGUUGGUGUCAAUCCUAUGGGAUGUGAGAAAAGUUUGAACAGCUUCAUUUUCAUUUUCUAAUAAAAUUACAAUUUAUUUGAUUAAUUCAAA